UAAAACUAAAUUAUAAGAGAGAGAGAGAGAGAGAGAGAAAUAAGAGAGAGAGAGAGAGAGAGACAGAGGUUGAAGGACAGAGAGAAAGCAAACGAAAGUUCGAAGCUCCGAAGAUUCGGACCGAGCCACUUAGCUUCAAUUUUCUCUUCAAUUUGUCAAGUUUGUCAAAGAUAGUGAAGAAACUCGGAGCCGAUCGGUCGAAACGGUACUUCUUUUACUUGAACAGGUUCCUGAGUCAAAAGCUGAGUAAGAAUGAGUUUGAUAAGUCAUGUUGUCGUGUACUUGGGAGGGAGAAUCUCUGGCUGCAUAAUCAAUUGAUACAGUCAAUUUUGAAGAAUGCUUGUCAAGCUAAGGCUGCACCACCAAUACCUGUAGCAGGCUAUCCGAAAACAUCUACGCAAUCUGCAAAAAUUUCCCCUCUCGUAGAAGAUGGGAAUGAAGAUGGUGGAGCUGUUUUUCCUACUUCCACGCAAAAUAUUCCCGGUUGGUCCAAUGGAGUUUCACCAAGAAAGUGCAGGUCUGGGAUACGCGACCGCAAACUCAAAGACAGGCCGAGUGUACUGGGGCCAAAUGGGAAGGUUGAAUGUAUCUCACAUCUAUCCGCAAACAUGGAUAAUGGUGAUGCAACACUAUGUGACUAUAAGAGACCAGUGCAGCAUCUGCAAGGAGUUGCUGAACUACCUGAAAACAAUAUUGAGGUUAGAGUUCCACAACCGUCAGGAAAGCAAGUCCUACAUAAUAAGAUCCAAGUUGAAGCAACCAAGGUUGAAGACAGAGAAGAAGCAGGACAGUCAAAUCACUCGAGUUUACUUCGGAGCCGAUUACUUGCACCUCUUGGGAUUCCUUUUUGCUCAGCUAGUACUGGCGGGCCCCACAAAACAAGGCCGGUGGAUUGUGGGGGUGAUUUUAGCUUUGGUGAUGUUGGUCAUUUGUUGGAUACUGAGUCGUUGAGACGACGCAUGGAACAAAUUGCUGCUGUACAGGGCCUAGGCAGUGUUUCUGCAGAUUGUGCUAAUAUUUUGAAUAAGGUGUUGGAUGUAUAUUUGAAGCAGUUAAUUAGGUCUUGUGUUGACUUGGUCGGAGCGUGGCCUGCAUAUGAGCCUGAGAAACCUCUUGCUCAUAAGCAGCAGAUUCAGGGGAAGGUUAUCAAUGGCAUGUUGCCAAAUAAUCAAUUACACGGACGACAUAGCAAUGGAAAUGAAGAAGUUGUGCAUGAGCACAGGUUACAGUGUUCAAUAUCGUUGCUCGACUUCAAGGUAGCAAUGGAGCUUAAUCCAACACAACUAGGGGAAGACUGGCCUUUGUUACUGGAGAAAAUUUGUAUGCGUGCCUUCGGGGAAUGAAACCACUCUGAUAUUUCUGUUUAUCCCAUUCCACAGUGUAGCUGACCACCUGUCACAGUUCAAAGGGGUUGAGAAUUGAUCUCAAAGACUUCUCAGCUCUGCUCAUUUGUGAGUAAACAAAGAUGGCCCUAAUCUUGAUAAAAGCCCUGGCUUGCAAGAAUACAAGCAGAUCAAACAUCAAUAUCGAUGUUCAUUCUUGGGAAUCAUUUAACUGUGACUAAGCUCGGGCACUGUCAGCCAGAAUGCCCAUCAGCGAUUGAUCUACGUUUCAUCUUUAGCCAUGAUUUAAGGGUCUCAAGCUUUUCGUGUAAAUUUAGAUCACUGAGGAAUUAUACAAAAUUUUGCAGAGAUACAGUUUGUAGCUUGGUGAGAGGUAACCACUGGUGCAAGAACUUAGUGUUGCUAUUUGUGUAUUUAAAUCUGAGAAUUGAUUUGAAUUUCAUAUGAAUAACUCAUCAACAGACCACAA